AUGAUUGCAGUGGCGCCGAUGGUUGCAGAGGCGGCGACGAUUGUAGUGGCGGCCAACGAUUAUUCAGGUGUUUCUGGAUGGCCUCUCCAGCCCUCUAUUUUCUUGCCUGUAGGCCCUCCACCUACAGUUGCAAAUGCAGAGCUGGUUGCCAUCCAAUCAACUCUUCAAGAGAACGAGAGGGUUGUGGAAAGGUUGCAGAAGCAGGAGGAAAAUAUGGUACAAGAAGUAACACAAAGAGCCAAAGAACUCCAUGAUAAAGAGUUCAAGCUACCCUACCAGAAGCCUCUGCCUUGUUUAGCCGAGAAAGAUGCUUGCUUGGAAUGUUACAAGGAAAAUGUGAAGGAUCCUCUUAAAUGUGCCCUAGUUGUGAAAUCAUUUGUAGACUCUGCUCACAAAGAGAGGCAGCAGGUGAGCUCAGCACUUGAUUGA